AUGUCGCAAAACGAGCAGCUUAAAAACCAAGUUAACCAGACCGCCAACAAGGCUGGUAAGGCCGCUAACGAUGCUGCCAACAAAACAGAGAAGGCCGCUAACGACGUUGCCAGCAAGACCGAGAAGGCCGCCAACGAUGCUGCCAGCAAGACUGAGAAGACCGCCAACGAUGCUGCCAACAAGGCCGAGAAGACUGCUAACGAUGCUGCCAACAAGGCUGAGAAGGUUAUUAACGACGGUAUUAGCAAAACAGAGAAGGUUGCCCAUGAUAGUGCCGCCCAGGCCAAGGCUGGCGCUCAGCGUGCGCAGGAGCAUGCCGAAAACUUCUUGGAUGAGGCCAAGGCUACUGCGCAAAGGGUCGGUGGUAUUAUUAGCAAGGAGGCUGAGGAGCUUGAGGACCGUGCCAAGGAGGCCGGUAAGAGCAUUUCCAAGCACUUUGAGGAUGGCACGAACCAGGUAAAGGUCUACUGGAAAGACUUCAGCAGCAACCCCCGCUAUUGGCUUACCACGCUCAGCGUGUUUAACGUCGCUGCGCUUGGUACUGCUGGCUACUUUGGCUACAAGAACCGCAAGGAUAUCCAAACCUGGGAUAGGGGUCUCCUUUCUGCCGUCGCUGUCGGUAUCAUUUCGUUCAUCGGUGGUGAGAGCUAUCUUGCUACGAAGUACACUAAGAAGCAAACCAAGUAA